AUAGGCACGAAAAGGCAGGUUUAGCCCAAACAGUCCCCCUCUAGCCGCGCCAGACGCAGGAGGACGCUGCUGCCUUGGCUGGCCGCGCUGUUUCGCUGCAACCACGUGCCUCGCUCGGACUGCCUGUGACACGCACAACAACAAGGAAGCCAGCCAGCCAGCCAGCGGUGGGAUCUUUUCUCUGCAAGAUCUUUUUCUCUCCGACGGCACGCAAUCCAGGUUGGCAGCGAUGGAAGACGGGAGCCUGGGCACCUUGCAGCAGAGGGCCGCGGAGCUGGAGCACAUGGCUGAAGUCCUGCUGACCGGGGAGCAGCUACGGCUCCGCCUGCAUGAAGAAAAGAUAAUUAAAGAUCGAAGGCAUCACCUCAAGACAUAUCCAAACUGCUUUGUUGCCAAAGAGCUGAUUGACUGGCUGAUUGAUCAUAAGGAGGCCACGGAGAGGGAGACUGCAAUUAAACUUGUACAGAAAUUACUGGACCGUAGCAUUAUCCACCAUGUGUGCGACGAACAUAAGGAAUUCAGGGAUCUCAAGCUUUUCUACCGCUUCAGGAAAGACGAUGGAACGUUCCCACUUGACAACGAAGUGAAGGUGUUCAUGAGAGGGCAAAGGAUCUAUGAAAAACUGAUGAGUACUGAAAAUGCUCUUUUACAAGCCAGAGAAGAGGAAGGCAUAAAGUAUGACCGCACUUUUGUGGCAUCUCAGCUUAUUGAUUGGUUGAUCCAGGAGGGAGAGACCACCACAAGGUCUGAAGCUGAACAACUUGGCCGCCGGCUGCUGGAACAUGGAAUUCUACAGCACGUGUCCAACAAACACCACUUUGUAGACAGUAACCUGCUCUUCCAGUUCCGUAUGAACUUCCGUCGGAGGAGAAGGUUGAUGGAGCUGCUUUCCGGGAAGUCCCGCUUGAUACCAGAGAGUCACGACAGUCCCUUCUGCCUGCGCAAGCAGAAUCAUGACAACAAAAAACACACCAGUUUCCUUUCUGUGAGCCCGAGCAAGGAGAUAAAGAUUGUCUCUGCGGUCCGGCGGAGCAGCAUGAGCAGCUGUGGGAGCAGCGGGUACUUCAGCAGCAGCCCGACCCUCAGCAGCAGCCCGCCAGUCCUGUGCAACCCCAAAUCUGUUUUAAAAAGACCAGUGACUACUGACGAACUUCUGACACCCAGUGCGCCCUAUGCCAGGAAAACCUUCACGAUCAUAGGCGAUGCUGUUGGGUGGGGGUUUGUGGUGCGUGGAAGCAAGCCUUGCCACAUUCAAGCCGUGGACCCCAGUGGCCCUGCAGCUGCAGCAGGAAUGAAGCUUCCCAUCCCCAUCGUCCGUCAUCACUGCCCAGCCAGCGCCUGCCUGAAAGGAACUGCUCUGCCCCACACGGGCUGGAGCGGGUGGGAGGGGAAGGAAAGGAGAGGUGGGGUGCAUUCUGCCUCCUUCUCGCCCAGCCCUGAUUCUGUCUCCAGCUCGCACACAGCAGAACGAAUGAGAAACAAGUGCACGCGGCUGUCCAUCGAGGAAUGCUACAGCUGCGUUGCGGCACUGAGUUGCGGAACGUCGUGGGAUUGCGGAGGUGCCGAUCCUUCGGGCUGCCGGCUCGCCCCCCCGGGCUCCGAAACAGCGAUUAUUGGGCUGCGCCAGUACCUUGGGCUGUGGAGGAGCUGGGGUGUCGAUCUGCGGGGCUGUGGGGGCGUGGAGCUCGAGCUGCGGCAGCAGGGCCGCGGCAGCUGCACCGAGUUGCGCCGGUUUGCAGAGCCGCGGAGACACUCGUCGCUGCCCUGUUAA